AGAAUGACUGAGUAUAAGUUAGUCGUGGUUGGAGCUGGAGGUGUUGGAAAGAGUGCACUCACCAUUCAGCUGAUCCAGAAUCACUUUGUGGAUGAAUAUGAUCCAACUAUUGAGGAUUCCUAUAGAAAACAGGUGGUAAUUGAUGGGGAGACAUGCCUGUUGGAUAUUUUGGAUACGGCUGGUCAGGAGGAGUACAGUGCAAUGAGAGAUCAGUACAUGAGGACAGGAGAGGGCUUCCUCUGUGUCUUUGCCAUCAACAACACUAAGUCUUUUGAGGACAUUCAUCAGUACAGGGAACAGAUCAAAAGGGUUAAGGACUCAGAUGAUGUGCCCAUGGUGCUUGUGGGUAACAAGUGUGAUCUGCCUGCUCGUACUGUGGACACACGACAAGCGCAGGAAUUGGCACGCAGCUAUGGCAUCCCGUACAUAGAGACUUCGGCCAAGACCCGACAGGGAGUAGAAGAUGCGUUUUACACACUGGUACGUGAGAUCAGACAGCACAAACUGAGGAAGCUAAACCCUCCUGAUGACAACGGUCAAGACUGUCUGAAUUGCCGCUGUGUUGUCUCAUGAUCAUCGUGGGCCGGGAUAACAGGUCAGACUUUAGAGGCAGU